CUCUGCGUUCUCAGAAUAAAGGCCUUUUGUUUUAUACUUCUCAUCUUUUGGACACACUAUAAUCUUAUCAGAGUCCACAAUUUAUAACCCUCUUGCCCAGCCUCGGCGGCACCACAGCUGACUCUGCCUAGCUCUCACCUGCUCCUGCCAGGCACCGCUCCCUUUCCCGCGCCCCCUCCUCUGCCCCCAACCCCUACAAGGAACCGACUGCAGGUGUGAUUCUGCUCAAAACCAACUAGGGCGAGGGCGGGGGCGCCCACAGCAGACGGGAAAGUCCGGUCGGCUCCGAGGGAACUGGGCCUCCGUCCCGCCGCGGUCUCCAAUCCGCGUGCGUUGCCCUGCAGCUGGAAGCCAAGCGCAACCUGGGAACGGUCCCCGAACUCCGUUCCCGCUCCACCGCGGCAAAGGUGCGGCCACCCGGCUCCGCAGCCUGCAGCCGUCUUCUGAGGAGUCAGAACGCCAGACUAAUUGGAGCUCGAGGGCAGCGGUUCCCGGUGGCCAGUGAGUAGGUUGAGCCCCUAGGAAGAAGGUCCAGUUCGAGAAUUCCCAUUGGCCAAGAGGCCAAACGACUCCUUGAUGGAAGGCCCAUGGGAAGGGGUUUCCAUUGGCCCGCCGCCGCGCCGCAUGGCCUUCUGGGAGUUGUAGACACUGCAUUCCCCCUCGCAGCCGCCAUUAUUCCGCGGGCGGAGGAUUUGGAGGCUUUCUCAGCCAGAGCGAACGUGUGACCUGGGGGUCGCGUCGGGCGCCGGUGCACCCUGCGCGAGCUCAGCAUGGACGCCGAGGGCCACACUGCGGCCGUUGGGCUGGGUGCGCGGCUACUGGGGAAACGGCUUCAGGUCUCUUCUGGUUCCAGACGAAAUUUAGGAGUGAUUUCUCUAGAUCUAUAAGGAGCCAGUAACCUUCCGGGAUGUGGCUGUGGACUUCACCCAGGAGGAAUGGGGGCAACUGGACCCUACACAGAGGACACUGUACCGUGAUGUGAUGCUGGAGACCUUCGGGCACCUGCUCUCUGUGGGUGAGCCUGCUUCCCCCAUUGCAGGUCCCAAGCUUCCUAAGCCUGAUGUCAUCUCCCAGCUGGAGCAAGGGGCUGAGUUCUGGGUGGGGGAGCAAGGACACACCCAGCACUGCCGUUCAGGCUGGGAGCCAGACAUUCCCGAAGAGAAGCUGGCUACUGGCACAGAAAGGGAAGAGUUCCCGAGGGUCAUUGCUUACUCCUCCUUGCUAGGGGGCACACGGCCGUGUGAAGGCCAAGGCCAGGCACACACAGAGGACUGGAGGGAUGGGUGGCCACUGGUGUCUGGCCUUGAGAAGGGGGCAGUUCACGGUCAAGGCUGCGAAAGGCAUCCACACAGAGAGAGCUGUGUGCUGAGCUCCAGCCCAGGUCCAUCCCCAAUUUCCAAGAGAGAACAUCUCUGUGCAUCUGACUCACAAUUGCAAGGCUCACACCCUGAGCAAGAUGUGGCCUGUGAGCCAGCGAGCUCCCCAGGAGAAAAGCUCCAGGAGGACCAUAGGGUCUCUGAGCAGGCCAUCCUGAGCACGGAGCUUCCCAAGAGCCAGGGCCCUGACAAGCCCUACAAGUGUACUGACUGCGGGAAGUCGUUCAACCACAAUGCACACCUCACUGUGCACAAGAGGAUCCACACGGGCGAGCGGCCAUAUGUGUGCAAGGAAUGUGGGAAAGCCUUCAGCCAGAACUCCUCACUCGUGCAGCACGAGCGCAUACAUACAGGGAACAAGCCCUACAAGUGUGUAGAGUGUGGCAAGUCCUUCUGCCAUAGCACACACCUCACCGUGCAUCGGCGCAUUCAUACGGGUGAAAAGCCCUAUGCCUGCCAGGACUGCGGGAGAGCCUUCAACCAGAACUCGUCCCUGGGCCGGCACCGGCGGACACACACUGGGGAGAAGCCCUACGCCUGCAGUGUGUGCGGCAAGGCUUUCUCACGCACCACCUGCCUCUUCCUGCACCUGCGCACGCACACCGAGGAGCGGCCAUACGAAUGCAACCACUGUGGCAAGGGCUUCCGGCACAGUUCCUCUCUGGCCCAGCAUCAGCGCAAGCAUGCAGGGGAGCCACCCUUAGCCUACCGGCCCAUCUUUGAGCAGGCAGCAGCUCUGGCGAGGCCACAAUGGGCAGACAGUCUUACCUGCACACCACCUCUGAACCAGGAGGAAAGGGUGCUGCGCAGUGACAGACCCUUCAGGUGCACCCAGUGUGGGAAGUGCUUCACCCAGAGCUCCCACCUCAUCCGUCACCAGAUCACCCACAGUAGGGGUGAGGAGUCAACCUCGCAGUCCCAGAGAUGUCAGCAGCCCUGCAGUCGGAGCACCCAGCACACCCGGCAUCCUCAGCCAGGGUCAGGACAGAUCCCCAGGAGUCAGACCAGAGCAGCACAGCCAGCAAGCAGGGCGCUAGCCCUGUUUGACAUCCAUGAAGUCAUACAGGAGAAAAGCCCUGUGCACGUUAUUGGGGUGGAAGAGCCCUCGAUUGGCUCAACUUCUGUGUUCAACCACAGAGAGUCCACCUAGGAGAGAUGCGCUAGCUGUGACCUCUGAAUCUCAGGUGCACAGAUGUGUUGCAUUCUAGUGAUGUUAAGCACAUGUUGGCAUCAGAACUUGGAAGGAAGCAAAGAAGGAAGAUGGAGUAUGGUGCAACUCAGCAUGUAAAAACCAGCCCCUCAACCCUAACUGCAGGAGUGCUUUGGAUUGGUUGGGUAAUAUUGGAAGAAUGGUCAUCCUUGUUCCAGGGUCGGACAGUUGAACCUGCCUUUACUGCCCCUGUGGCUCACUGGGUCUUCCCACUGUUCUUUGGGCGCUGAGAGAGCCUCCAUGCCAGGGUUCCCACCAGGGUUCACCUAGCUUCCAGAGUGCUACAGUUCUACCUUUUGUUUCAUUUCUACCAAGUCCUGGGCUCACUUCUGUUGUGUUUCACUUCCCAGAUUGCUUUUUUAUAUUGACUCCACCAUUCCUUGGCCUGUGCCCUUUGCUGUUUCAUCUUAGCAGGUAACUUUCCCUUUACAUGAAAAGGAGCACCUUCUGGCAUAUUUUGCCGAUGGUGGUUCUGUGCGAUAGUGCCAUUGCACAGAGGAGGAAAAUUAAGCAGAAGCCAAAAUAACCAGCCUGGUUACACAGACAGAAAGUAAUGGAGUCAGAAUUUGAUGUCAGUGCCCAGUGACAUUGGCUGAAACUAAGUUUUGUUCCAAGGCUAACUUUUCAGUGACUCCAUCGUGUCAGAACCAGUAUGUCCUGCAGGUCUCUCAGGUCUUCCUACAUGGUCACAACGAGAUGGCUAAAGCUCCAGGGAGUGCAUCUCUAAUCAAGACUGGAAGCAGUCUGGAAACAUCAGCCUUGUGUUUCAAACUGAAGAGUCUCCUGGGAGCCAGUAUUGCGUACCUGCAUAAGACCCAUUGGCCAAGACUGGGUCACAGGAUCACCCUAAUAAUGAGGCUUAGAAAGGUGACAUCUCACGUUUCUCACCUCUGGUGGGCACAGGUAAGAGACAAGGUCCCAGGAAGUGGGUGAUAUGUAGGUAGCUAGCAGCCUCUGGGUUUCUCCUUUAGCUUUUAGAAGACUCUUCUGGGCUCCCAAAAUCCACCUCAGUGCCCUGACUUCUGUCCCUACCUUCACAGGAACUACCCUUGCCAGGACUGUCAGCAGCACUUUUGCUUCCCCUCUGCCUCUAGAUUGUGGAGCUUGCCACGUUCUUGUGGUGCCCUGUUCCCUCCACUUCUGGGGGCUUUGGCCUCCCUGGCAAUCCUCUAACUCACUGUGGUACCCAGGCAUCAUCCAUAUUCUGGCUGUGUUGCUUACCCCAACUGUGAGUCUGGUGUUUCUUGAGUUCUGAGCUUCAGCUCCCAACAACAUUUGUCUACUGGGUAGCUGCCGCCACAUGGCCAUAAGCUCCCCAACAAACUGCCAUUUUCCUAUCCAAAUAAAUUCCCCUUCCCAUUGCUUCCAUGAGGAUGAUUGCUCCUUGCCUUCCAUCAUUGGAGCCAGGAAAUAAACCACCUUUGACCCCUCCUCACUCUACUCCCAUCAGGGGGCCAGAUUCUUCUACCCCAUGAACAUCUUGAGUCUGUUCCUCCAUCUCCACUGCCACUGUCCUCAGAGGGAGGUGACAUGCUAUCAGGUAGGCCAGCCAGGACAGCCUGGUGUUAGACCCCGCUUGGGACUGUGCAUCCUCACUGCCCCAUCAGGGCCUAGGACUGUCCAGGGAGCAAUAGUAACAUAUGGUUCUUGACAGCUGUGGAAGCCCAAGCCUAUGAUUACCUUGUUCCCUCCACCUUGACCCCCAAACAGCAGAUCCCGAAGGGGCCAUGUUUGGACAUUUCCCAGUGGAUGCUGGGAGGGCUAAGGUCCCAGCAUCUUUACUGGGUUAGGUGGGACAGGCAAAACUAGAAGGAACAAGCACUGGAGAUCUGUGUGAUGUCAUUUGUCAGUUCAGCUUAUGUUCGGUCAUAGUGUUCCUACUGGUCUUCUUGUAAAUGUCUGGAAUAACAAGAAACUUCAGGGGAAGCUACUGUAUUCUAGGGGAAAUCAUGGUUUUACCUAUUAAGUAACACAAGUCCUUUGUAGCCAAAACUUGGAAAGUGCACAAAAAUUAAAGGAAAAAAACUCAUUUGAAAUUUAAUUUUAUUUAAGGAGAAAAAGAAAAACAGAAAAGGGGUACAAGUUAUAUAGAAUUUCAGAAAAACUAAACAGGAAAUCAUUAGUUAGUAGAUUACAUAUUGUCAUGUUAGAAAUAGUUGUUCAAGUUACAAAAUUAAAGAAUAUAAAGUGGACAUUCAAACAGUGAGACUGCAAACAGUUCUGUUCAAUUAUCUAACAAAACUCAGUAAUAUCAUUAUCUAUCUUAUACACUGAAAUACACACGCAGUUAUAUCCUUUAGAGCACUUUCUUUUCCUCUCUUUUGUACAAUGACAAUUACGUAUUUUGGGUCUUAUUACUCCCACAGUUCUUACUACUUUUUUUGAAGAGAAUAAAACCAAAAGUGACAUAACAAAACAGAGUCAGUCAAAUCAAAAGGAUGGACAUAAUACAUAAUGUAAAAACAAAAAACAAGGUGAUCAACAAUGGUUACCAUAAUGCCUCUUGCUAUCUUAAAAAGAAUUGCCUAUAUCAUCAGUUAUAAUAAAAUUGAACAAAACCAAUAAAACCAAAUCAUUGGAGACAUUCCAGGACUUCAAAAGAAGAUAAUAAUCAAACCAGAAUGGACGUCAUAACGAAUCUUACUGUCUUCACAGUUGUUGCCUAUACACUCAAACUUGGUAGUAUCAAGCAAAACUGAACAGAGGGAAAUCAGUCAAAACAAGAUGCUGAGAGCAAUACAGGGUUUCAAAUCAAGUUAAUAGGAAAUCAAAGUGGUUUACUAUAAUAUAUCCUUUUUUUAUUUUUCCCUAAAUUAAAAAGAUAAUUAAAAAGUAAAUAAUAAAAAAAAGGAGAUAGAGAUGAAAGAAGACAUAACAGCAAAACAGCACAGCUCAAAACAUAAUCAUUUAAGCAAAAUAGUGUUUCACCACAAGAUAUCCUGACAUAAAAGUAGUUACCAUAGUGUCUCCUUCCUUGAAAUCUUUGAGUAUAGGGGCUGGGGAUUUAGCUCAGCGGCAUAAGCGCCUGCCUUGCAAGCAGGCAGUCGUGAGUUCGAUCCCUGGUACCGAUAAAAAAUGAAAAAGACCAAAAAAAAAAAAUCUUUGAGUAUAACUUCGUAUACUGUAGCAUCAAACAUAUCAAGAUAAUGUAAAACCAUUCAAGAGAAUGACAGUAUUACAGGGUAUUUAGAACCAACUAACAGAAAAUGAACACUGGUUUCUGUAUAAUCUCCUUGUCUAUAAAAGUUUUUGUUUAUAUUAUCACAUAUAAUAAAAUCCAAUAAGAUACAACCUGUUAAGACUGAUGGAGACAGAAGAACAAAAGCUUGAUGGGACUUCAAAACAAGAUGAUACUAAAUCAGCACUAGCUAUUAUGAUGUCUUGUUUUCUGCAAAAUAGCUGUUCCUACCACCCAACCUUCUCUGCCUCAUUUCUGUUGAGCUCUUUUUCUGUCAUUAGUUGUCAGUUUGUCUUCUUCAUUUUGAUUUCUGCUCCAUUCAUUGUGUCCUCUCUACCACUGUUUCUAGAAUCUUGGUAUUUUUCUAAUUUAGAAUACCCUGCAGUAUUCUCUGUAGAGUUGAAUUGGUGGUUGCAAAUUCCCCUAGUUCCUCUUUAUCCUGGAAGCACCUUGUUUUUCCAUCAAUUUCUAGGGACAGUUGUUCAGGAUAUAUCAAUCUUGGCUGGAGGUUAUUAUCUUUCAAAGCUUGAAUUAUUUCCCCCCACGCUCUUCGUGAUUUGAUGGUUUGUGCUGAGAAGUCUGCUGUAAUUCUGAUGGGUGUUCCCUUGUAAGUAAUCUGUUUCUUGUCUCUGAUGGCUUUUAAUAUUAUUAUAUGCCUGGGUGUUGUUCUGUUUAGGUUGUAGGUGGCUGGGGUCCUGUAUGCCUCAUACAUCUGAGUAUCUUUACCUUUUGCUAAAUUAUGGCAAUUCUCCUGGAUUAUGUCUAUGAAUAGCCUUUGUAGUUCAUUUGUUUGUGUCCCUACUUCUUCUUUUACGUUCUUAAUUCUUAAGUUAUAGAUCCUCUUAUCUUUAAGCCUUUUUAAAAUUGCUAUUUGUUUUCUUGUUAUUUUUAAGAAGUUUUUCAUUUCAUGCUCCCACAUUACAAAUCUGUCCUCCAGUUCAGAUAAUCUAUCCUUAGUUUCUUUCAAGCUGUUAUGCCAGCUUUCGGUAAAGUUUUUAGUUUCCUGGUAAUCUCUUUGAACCUGCUUCACUUAUUCUAUGUUUUCUCUACUUUCUCCAUUAAACAAUUCUCCGCUUUUUUUCUGCUCUUCCAUUCCACCAUCUGUUUUUUAUUGGGUGGUGCUUAGCAUUUCUCUAACUAUUCUACUUAUAUCUUGCUUUAGGUCAUUAAAUACUUCAUUUUUGAACUCAUCUAUGAGGCUCCGGAGAUCUCGCUUUAUGUCUAUUGGUGCCUUGUCUGAUAUUGCAUGUUUUCUGUCCUCAUUCUCCUUUGCAUUUAUCUUUCCUGGAUCAGUGUUCUCAGGAUUGGGGGCCGAGGACCCUUUCUUGUUGCUCCCUCUUCCCAUACUUUUUGUUCCGUCCAUACCAGCGUGAAUCCACCAACUAUGUGUUCCCGCCCACUGCAGUGUACUAGGGAGACACAGACCUGGGCAGCCUCUGCUGGGCCCGCCCCUCCAGGUCAGUCAACCUACUGAAGGCUUCACUGCUAGGGUGCACCGCCAGGCACUGGGACCUGGUUUGGGCUAGCCUACUGGGUCUUAGUCCGUGGCGUCACCCAGGUCAGGGCUCCCUACCAAUCCUCCUGCUUGAGAGGGGACUAUGUGACUAAAGUCACUGAAGUAUCUUGUUCUGGCUAGUCUGCCCCAUCCCAGAAUGUCCUAUUUUAGAGCCUUCUAGUCUAUGGAAGGGUCCCUGAUCCUCUCACUCAUCGCAGGUAGAUGCAGUUCCGCUCUCAACUCCGUUCACCAAUUCCUGCUGAGAUUUCGCCUCUCUGUCCCUGCUGUGCUGAUUCAGACGCAGCAGCAGGAAAUUCAAAUCGCUGCACGGGUUCCAGCUUCCACUGAGAUUUUAUCUGUUCCAGGAUAGCACCAGGAUUGCAUUUCCAGUUGGUUUCUCUCAGCUUAGUUCGUUACUGGGUCGGCAGCGUAUAUCUCCCCUUGCUUAGGAUUCCACACACCGCACCAUUCCUGGAUUUUAAGCUGGGUAUCUCAGAGAGCCUCUGUAGCUGCUGUUAUCUAUCCACCAUGUUCUCCCGGAAGUCCAAGUUUUCCUUACAAUUUUUUUAAACAUGUAGAUGCAUAUACAGAGUGUACAUUAAAUCUGAAACGUGUGUGUGUGUGUGUGUGUGUGUAAUCUCAUGUUAAGAAAUUUGGGGUUCUUUCUCAUUCUCUUAUACCCAUGUUUUUUACUAUACUUUGAGCAUUUCCCGUGUCGAUGAAUUUCAUGUAGCUUUUAAAAUUACCUUUCAGGAGGAUUCUAACAGUGCACCUGCCCUUCACCCAGCAUUUUACCAGCUUCAAGUUUUCUCAAAGAGGUAGAGACAUUUCCUGUGUAUUUCUAAUUGAGGUAUUAAUUGCUAAAACUCAUGUAGACUGCAAUUUAGCAGUCACUGUCUAAAUUACAAAUACAGAAAGAUUUUGUUUCAGGAAACCUGCUGGGAAUAAAUCUUACAUAUGUGUACAUGUGCAAACAGUUUGUAUAUAAUUUUCAUUAUACUAUUAAUAUUAAAAGUAAAAAAUUUGGAAGCAACCACAAUAUUCAUCAUGGAGAACUCAGUAAUUUAUGGUGGAGUAGAUAUCACAGCCUUAAAAAUGGAGACUGUCCUUAUAUACCAAAUAUGGGAAGUGAAAACAAGCAAAAUGCAAAACCAUAGUAUAUUUCCAAAUAUGUAAAGAGGAAAUGUAUGCUUAUAUGCACUUACUCUCUGAAAGAGAAGAAAACAGAUAUACUGGUUGCCCUUGGGAAAAAAGGAGGGAUGGGAAAGAGGAAUAUUUUCAUUCUGUAUCUGUUAUAUUUUUGUAAUUUUGAAACAUGUAAAAGCAUCAUCAGUUCAAAAAAUAAAUUUAACAAAGAUCUCAA